AUGGGCUGGCUCUCCCUGCUCCCGCAGCUGGUCCAGAACCGCAUCCACCUCUACAAUUUCCUGCUUCUGAAGAUUGUCUUCUUCAACCGCUGGCUGUCGGGGCUGGCCCAGGAGGCCUGGGGGUCCUGCCUCCCCGAGGCCCGCCCACCCCCUGGGCUUGCAGCCAGCCCCGUGGGCCGGGUGCUACGGGCCGGGCUGGCACCGAUGGCAGUCCCCGUGUGGCUGGCGUGGGCCGGCGUGCUGGGCUGUGUGCGGGCCUCGGGCCUGGCCUGGAAGCAGCUAGGCCUGUCCGCGGCCACCUGCAGGGAGCUGCUUCUGUCGUGUCUACACAGCCUGACGCCGGUAGUGUUGCUGCUGUUGCUGCUGACCAGGAGGCUGUGCCAGAGGGCCCAUGGCCGCAGCGUGGUCUGGUUGCUCAGCAAGGCUCUGCUGGACAAGUGUGCGGUGCCCGAGCUCCUGGCUCUGCUGAAGCGUCUGUACUGGUGGGUGGAGAACGCAGCCGCGCUCACCUCCUGGCACCUGGCCUAUCUCGUCGCCUGGACCACUUGCCUUGCCUCCCGCCUGCUGCAGGCUGCCUUUGAGCACACGGCCCAGCUGGCCCAGGCUCAGGAAAUUGAGCCCCAGGAGGGCUCAGGGCCCGUGUCCGAGUCCCCCACUCCCUGA